UCCAAACAAAUACAAUAUCUACUCAUAGAUAUGCAAACCCUUUCUUCUUUUAUAUAUACAUAAUCAGCACAUAAAAUUACAACACACUACAACUGAAUUGAACCAUGGAAGGUUUCUUACCUAUAGUUUCUGUUUUAUCUUUUCUAUUUCUAUUGUUCAAGCUCUGGUCACAUAAUAAAAGAACACAACUAAAACUCCCACCAACUCCUCCUGCUCUUCCAGUUAUAGGUCAUCUUCAUCUUUUUAAACAACCCAUUCAUAGAAAUCUCCAAAAUCUUUCUCAAAAGUACGGUUCAAUUUUCUCUCUCCGUUGUGGAUCUUACCCUAUGAUCAUCAUCUCAUCACCAUCAGCUGUAGAAGAAUGCUUCACUAAGAACGACAUCGUUCUAGCUAAUCGCCCUCCUUUACUAAUGGGAAAGUACUUAAAUUACAAUCAUACCACUCUAGUAACCGCCCCAUACGGGGAUCAUUGGCGUAACCUCCGCCGUAUAAGUGCUCUUGAAAUUUUCUCAGCGAAACGCCUAGAUACGUUUCUUGGCAUUAGAAGAGAAGAGAUAAGAAUUUUCCUUCAAAAGCUAAAUCAAGCUUGCUGUGAUGGUUUUAGUAAAGUAGAGAUGAGACCUUUGCUUUCAGAGCUAACGUUCAAUAUAAUUAUGCGAAUGGUUACAGGAAAGAGGUAUGGUAAUUAUGACGUUGAAGAGGCAAGAAAAUUUAGAGAAAUGAUAAGGGAGAUCUUUGCAUAUGCAGAGGCUUCAUAUCCUGGGGAUUUCUUGCCAUUUUUACAAUGGAUUGAUUUUCAAGGUUAUGUGAAGAAAGUGAAAGCACUUGCUAGGAGAACUGAUGAGUUAUUGCAAGGUCUUAUUGAUAGACAAAGAAAUGAUCAAAAUAGCAGUAAUAAAUCAAUGAUCAGUCAUCUUCUUUCUUUGCAAGAAUCGCAACCUGAAUAUUAUACUGAUGAGAUCGUCAAGGGCUUUAUAUUGGAUAUCAUAUUUGGUGGGACAGAAUCGUCAGCUCUUACAAUAGAAUGGGCAUUAUCAAGCCUGCUCAAAAACCCACAAGUGCUAGAGAAAGCUAAAGAUGAGCUAGACAUUAAAAUUGGGCAAGAAAGUUUAAUGGAUGAGUUAGAUAUUUCAAAAUUAUUUUAUCUUCAAAAUAUUAUAUCUGAGACUCUUAGAUUAUAUCCAGCAGGCCCAUUGCUUCUUCCUCAUUUAUCAAGCAAGGAUUGCACUAUUGAAGGAUAUAAUGUAUCAAAGAAUACAAUUGUAUUGGUUAAUGCAUGGGCUAUACAUAGAAACCCUAAUUUAUGGAAUGAUGCAGAGAAAUUCAAGCCUGAGAGAUUCGAAGAAGGUGAAAGUGAUGCAUAUUGCUACAAGUUCAUGCCAUUUGGUCAUGGCAGAAGGACAUGUCCUGGAAUGGGCCUUGCCAAUAAGGUUGUGGGCUUUGCUUUGGGUUGUAUGAUCCAAUGUUUUGAAUGGGAAAGAGUAGAUGGUAAAGAAAUUGAUAUGACUGAAGGGAUUGGGCUCUCCAUGCCAAAGGCUAUUCCACUAGAAGUCAUGUGCAAAGCACGUGAAAUAAUGAAAGUGUACUCUUCUUUGUGAAGCAAACAAUGAAAAAAAAAAAAAAAAAAAUCCAAAAUAGAACACAGUUGAAUUAUCCUCCUAACUUUGAUUUUGGGUCAUUAAAAAGGGUCUUCUUUUUU